GAUCGUACAUGCUAGGAAGCUGUUCGAUGAAAUGCUUCUGAAAGAUAUAGUAGCUUGGAACACAAUGCUCAGCAGCUAUUCCCACUUGGGUCUUCACCAAGAAGCAUUCUCUUUGUUCAAUAACUUGAGAUGCGGCAUAGUUCAGCCAGAUCACUACACAUUUACGUCAAUGCUUAGUGCAUGUGCAGGCUCUAGUGAGCUUAAAUAUGGGAAGAAAAUCCACGCGCUUUUAAUUGUUUAUGGUUACAAUGCAUGUUUGCCGAUCAAUAAUGCUCUAAUUGAUAUGUAUGGGAAAUGUUUCAGGCCUUAUGAUGCAAAUAGAGUGUUUGAAGAGAUGGGAGUCACUAAUGAAGUCUCAUGGUGUUCAUUAUUGUUUGCAUAUGUUAAUGUGAAUAAUUUAGACGUAGCAACUGAUGUUUUCAAGGCAAUGCCAAAGAAAGGGCUGAUUGCUUUUAAUACUAUGAUUGCGGGGCAUGCUAGACGGGGUGAAGUUGGUUCAUCAUUCAGCCUUUUCAAAGACAUGAUUGACGAGCCAUGCCCUCCAGACCAAUGGACACUGAGUGCUCUAAUGACUGCUUGUGCUGAAUCAAGACAACACUAUCUUGGUUGUAUGCUGCACACUUACAUUCUGAAAAGCGGUUGGAGUUCUACAAGUGAGGCAAACAAUUCAACUCUCAGCUUCUAUGCCAGUGUGAAUCAGCAUGGUGAUGUUCUGAAGUUGGUUCAAGGCACUGAUAUUCUAAACCAAGUGUCAUGGAAUGCUAUAAUUGAUGCUCACAUGAAGGGGGGCAACAUAUGUGAGGCAUUCACUGCGUUCACUCAGGCACCUUUGAAGAAUCUUGUUUCAUGGACAUCUAUGAUUGCUGGGUGUGCUCGAAAUGGGCAUGAAGAACAAGCAAUUGGCUUCUUCGUUGAUAUGACAAGAAAUGGUAUCAAGCCUGAUAAGUACACAUUUGGAGCUGUCUUGCAUGCUUGUUCUACCUUGGCUGCGCUAAAUCAUGGUAAAAUGGUCCAUGGUUGUGGAUUUAAAGGUGGCUUCAUUACCCAUAAUUAUGUCGGAAAUAACUUGGUUAAUAUGUAUGCAAAAUGUGGGGAUAUAAAAGAUUCACAUGGUGCUUUUUGUGAGAUUUAUGAGAAGGAUUUGGUGUCAUGGAAUACCAUGUUAUUUGCAUAUGGACUGCAUGGAUGGUCUAUGCAAGCUUUCCAUCUUCUUGAAGAAAUGCUGGCAGCUGCGGUGAAACCAGAUAAAACCACCUUUAUAGGUUUGUUGAUGAGCUGUAGCCACUCAGGGCUUGUAGAUAACGGCAGGGCUUUGUUCGAGUCAAUGGCAGGUGUUUAUAAUAUUCCACCUGGAGUCGAUCAUGUGACUUGCCUUGUUGAUAUAUUAGGCCGUGGGGGGUACAUGGAGGAAGCAAGAAGGAUUGCUAACGAGUACCUUGUAAAAAAUAGCACAAUGCUACCACAAGAAGUUCUAUUUGGAGCUUGCUCGUCUCAAAACAACACAGAAUUGGGAGUGGAGUUAGGAAACCUUCUGAAAAGUUCAGAGCCCCGAAAUGAGACGAGCUAUGUCUUAUUGUCAAACCUCUAUUGUGCAAGUGGGCAGUGGAAAGAAGCAGAGAUGGUCAGGCAAGCAAUGGUGGAUAAAGGGGUCAUGAAGACCCCUGGUUUUAGCAGGAUUGAAGUGCAAAAACAAGUGAAAAUUUUUGUUGCCGGAAGAGAGUCGAUACUAUGGAUGGAAAAAGUGGACGAGCUCUUGUUCAUCCUUAAUUCUGAGAUGAGAUACCCACAUUAUGUUCAUGGCUCGGGUUCAAUUACCUGAUACUACUCUUCUAAUGCUAGCAAAAUACUCCUACCUGUCCCAAAAUCAUAUCCCACAUGCAAAUUUUUGUUGCCCCAGAAUCCUCUUCCUAUUACCAUUUUUUGGAAAGUUUGGAGAAGUGAAAAGUCACUUUCACCCCUCAACUACGCAACCUAAUUACUUCAUCAAAACAUAUUAAACGGUCACUUAAAGACCCUUGCAGCCAACAACUAGACCGCCAUUCCCCUCCUUCCUGUGGUUUUCUAGUUCAGAACAUUUAUCUCAAUGUGAUGUUGAUUAGUAAUCACAGCUAGGUGUUUAUACAGGGUGUACUAGAAAUGGGCAUGAAGAAGAAGCAAUUAACUUGGUUGAUAUGACAAGAAAUUGCAUCAAGCCUGAUGAGUUUACAUUGGCUGUACUAAAUCAUGAAUCUGUCGGGUGGAGACAUACAACCGGAUGUCUUUAAUAGACUCUUGAUAGAUAAAUCGUAUCUUUUUAAAGUUGAAGUUAGGCGUGCACACUUCAAUGACUUUGAUCAUACCUAUAAUGUCAUUGACAUUUGUUUUGAUGAAAGAACAAUCUCGCAAUUCAAGGAAAGGAACUCAACAUUUUUCUUGGUCCAGGGAAAAAUCAUCACAGCAUACCUUCUUUAUGGACGAUGCAUCAUCAUGUGUAAAGGAUAAUCAAUUUGAACGACUUGGAGAUGAUAUCACCGACUCUACUAUUGAUAAAAGAAUGAAAGAGGUUGAAACUG